ACUUUGACUCCGGAGAGGGCGCGAGCCGCGCGCGCGGGGCUGUACGCGAGGGAGGGAACGCACGCGCGCGAGGACACACAAACACGCACGGUGUCUCUGGGGUGUUUUCUCUCAUUGCGGCAGCAGCACGGCCAUCUCUACACGGUCCCGGUGAGUGAACCCCGCCAUGGCUUCCGACGAGCUGGCCUCCAAACUGUCCCGCCGGCUGAACAUCGAGGACGGCGUGGAGCAGCCCGUGGCCGUGGACGCGGAGCCACCGCACGAGGACGCGCAGCACGACAAGUCGAGCACUGCGAGCGCGGACUCGGAGCUGGGAGCCAAACUGCUGCGGCGCGGGGAGCUCAACGAGGGGCUCGGAGAGCAGCAGCAGCCCAGCAUGAAGGUGUUCAACCCCUACACCGAGUUCAAGGAGUUCUCCAGGAAGCAGAUCAAGGACAUGGAGAAGAUGUUCAAGCAAUACGAUGCAGGGAAGGAUGGCUUCAUUGACCUGAUGGAGCUGAAGCUCAUGAUGGAGAAGCUGGGUGCUCCACAAACCCACCUGGGCCUGAAGAACAUGAUCAAGGAGGUGGACGAGGAUCUCGACAACAAGCUGAAUUUCCGAGAAUUCCUUCUGAUUUUCCGGAAGGCGGCUGCUGGAGAACUUGCGGAGGACAGCGGGCUCCACGUUUUAGCUCGCCUGUCAGAGAUUGACGUGUCCACAGAGGGGGUGAAGGGAGCCAAGUCAUUCUUUGAAGCCAAAGUUCAUGCUAUCAAUGAGUCAAACAAAUUUGAGGCGGAGAUCCGUCAAGAGCAGGAAGAGAAGAAGAAGCAAGCGGAAGAGAAGAAGCAAAGGCAGGCGGCCUUCAAGGAGCUGAAGUCAGCCUUCAAGUGAUGAGCCGACACUGCUGUGCCACCCGUUAUCCCCAUACGCUCCCCUGCAUCCACUUGUCCCCCCGUUUGUCUGCGUGCGUGCAUCCGUGUGUGUGUGCUAAAACCGAGUAUGCAACCAGGGUCCUAACUGUGCACCACAUUGCCCUGUCUGUCAAAAAGAAUAAGAAAAAAAGGAGUGGUAUGUAAGCACUUAGUAGUGGCUGAA